CCAUUACUACUUGGCUAAACGAAAAUGCUGCAAAAAUAUUAAAGGUUUCUUUACAACUGUCAAAAAACCAUUUGCAUAUUCAUCGAAAAUUGCUAUAUUCUUAAAAUUCUAUUAUUUUGUGAUAAAUUUUGUAAUCGUUAUUAGCUAAAUAACAGUGGUAGUUUUUUUCACUGUGGAAAUUACAAUGUGGCAAAUAAUGUUCAAGAAAAAAGUUGUAUACGAUCAAUAAACUUUAUCUAACGUUAGUGAACAGAAACUGAAUUUUAUGAAUGAUGGGCAUACUUUUUAAAUGGUUCAGAUUUUAUUUGUGUUUGUCAUUUUUUCAGUUAUGUAACGGGAAUCCAGUCAAUCAAAUUGAUACGGAAAUAGAAUCAAAUGCCAAAUUUGUUGCAGGGGUCAUUUCCCUAUUAUUCACAGUAUGUUUUUUGGUAUUUAUAGUAGCCUGUUUAUGUUGCCAAAGAAGAAAACGUUUUCAGCAAUUCCGAGAUAGUCCUGUUACUGCAUCGUCCAUACCAAAUUUAGACCAUGGUCAUGUCAAUCCAAUUGCUAGUGGAGAAUUUACCAUAUUUUCUCCAUUAUCUCCUCAUUUUAACAACAACGUUUUUCAUGAGGACAAGCCAAAUGCAAAAUCUAUUGAGGACCCCCUAGCCAAUAGCUACGACAUUAGUCCAUGGUUUAAUUCAAAUGAAAACGAUUUUCCUAGAAAUAGAUUAAAAUACAUCAAAGAAUUAGGAUCGGGAUGGUUUGGCAAGGUGGUUGAAGGUGCUGUACAAGAUGACGACAAUAAGAAACAAAAUUGGACGCCUGUAGUAGUUAGAAUCUUAGAAGCGACCUCUAGUCAGAAUGAAAAAAUAUUAUUUUUACAGAAUGCAGAAAUAUAUAGAAUUGGAAAUCAUACAAAUAUUUUAACCUUAGUAGGGAGAUCUUUGGAAACAGUACCUUACUUGUUGCUGCAGGAAUGGUGUUCUCAGGGCGAUUUAAAAGCUUAUUUAAGAUCUCAGAAGACCAACGCAGACCAGUUUUUGUCAACGGAAUAUCCACUAUUAUGGUGUUAUCAAUUAACAUCAGCCUUAAAAUAUAUACACGAACAUGACAUCGUACACUUGGAUUUGGCAAGUAGAAAUUGUCAACUAACCAAUAAUCUAAUUCUAAAAUUGGGGGACUACGGAUUAGGUCCCUUCAAAUAUCCGGCAGAUUAUUAUCAAGGUCAACCAACAGUUCCUGUGAGAUGGUGCUCACCGGAAUCUCUUAUAUAUACUCAAACUACUAUACAACCGAAACGAGUCACUCCCGAAGCUAACGUCUGGGCAUUGGCGGUGACGAUGUGGGAGAUCUGCGAAUGCGGUGAUCAGCCCUAUUGGGAUUUAAGUGACGACGAUGUAAUUUCACAAGUUUUAGGACCGACUGGCAUUAGGUUGAGAAGGCCUGCACAUUCAGUACUUUAUACCGACUAUAUUUACCGCCUCAUGCAGUUAUGUUGGACAAGCGCGGAAUCUAGACCCAAAGUAGUACAAAUUCACACAAUGCUGACAGAUCUUCUACAAGUCCAUAAAAAUACUUCGAGAACAGAAGUUUUCGAUGUAGACGAAUUCGAUCGAAGAUGGGAGUCCUGCAAACCGAAUACCAUCAUCAAAACCGAUCAUAUUGCAGAAACUGUACUCGAAUCCGAAGGUGACGAUUUGAGGAAAUCGUUAUCUCUUAGUCUUACGAACUUACACGGAUCGUUAGAUAAUUUAGCUUUCUAUGAUCAGGAUGUAAAUAUAAACGAACAAACAACAAAAUCGAGCGACGCUUUUAACUGCGAGGAUUCGAUUCAAAGAACAACCAGCAGUGGAAGCGAAACCGAAGAAGAAAACUGGCGGAAUAAAGUCGAAAGGGGAGCAUAUACAGAAAAAGUUCGUCAGAAAUCGAGAUCGGUUGCGGAUUUAAUGGUUUUGACUCAUGUCGAUUACUCAGAAUCCGAAUCUGAAACUCCUUUACAUAGUCUAGAAUAUAGGAUAAAUUACAAAAAUGUGAGAUUAGCUGGCUUAGAUGGGAUCAAUUCUUUGGAAAACACCACCAGUAUUACGUAUGGAAGUGAAGGUAAUCUUCUCAACGUUCAAGACACUUUCAAAGAAGAACUUAGAAGACUAAAGGAAGAACGCCGUGAUAGUCUGCUAUUUGUACCUGAUAACGUUAGUCAAAUUAAUAGCUUUAGGAGCACAGAAACUUCCAACGCGCCCUCUUCGCGUUUAAUACAUGAACUGAACAAUCCUUUAGAAAUGCAGCCCCCCGUCGUUAAUCAAGUUUUCAAUAUUUACAAUGUUACCAUUGACAAUUUUAGUCCUGUUCAUAUGAAUAAGUUGAGCGAUAUAUUAGACGUUAAUUCUCAAUUGAAACCGGAAUGGAGGGAAGCUGAAAAACUGAAGAAAAUAAAUUGUGAGUUGAAUCAAGAAAUAAGAGAGUUGGAAAAAUUGAACAACGUUCAAAAAGUAUAUUCAGCUGUAUAUGACCAAGAUGCUUUCAAUGGUGUAGAAUCGGACAACAGCUCGAUUCAAAAUUUAGAGGAAUCAAAUCCAAUGAGCCAAAAUUCGAUCGAAGUGGUCAAAGUAUCAAAUAGUUUGGAUUUAAAUCGAAAUGUAAAGGAAACUAAUUUGAAAUCGCAACAAAUAUUGAUGUCGAAUGAAAAUUUAGAUAUCAUUCCAGAUUUAAAUCAACAAAAACUACUAAAAGACGAAGUUAACUCGAAUCAAAAUACAAUUAAGUUUAUUGAAAUCAACGAACACGAUAAAUUAAAUUUUAUUGAGUCGAAUUCCAAGUUAUAUGAAACGGGAGAUAACGAUUCGGCGUUGGAAGCGAUGGAAAUAGAUUGCGAUCGAUCUAAAACAAGUAUUAAUCUAAAAAAUGGCAUAACUAAUUUGACAUUCGAAGUUUUGGCCAAUGAUGAUUCGUUGUUGGAAGAUAAGGUUGCAUGUGAGGCUUUCAAUUUUAAUAUUAGGUUGCCUAUAGAAACUAAUGAAACAGCUUUGGAUUUUUGUGAUGACAGGAUUGAAAAUAAAGGCGAUGAGCUGGAAAUCAUUGUCGCAGACAAUCUUGUUGAACAAGAAGAAAAACGGGACAAUACAGAAACAAACUGCCAAAAUGAUUCAGAUACAAAAAAAGACCAACAAUCAUCUGAAGAAACGGUAUUGAUCGUUUUGAAUGAAAUAGUAACAAGGUCUUUAGAUGAAAUUCUCGAAAAAGCCGUUAGUACACCACCAAUAGAUAAAUUGUGCCACAGUCCAAAGUUAGAAGAAAAACAGCUUUCGGUUGGCAAUACUGAUCAAGACAAUACAGAACAAAUAAUAAAUUUCGAUCUGAGUUUUAGCCAAGAAGAAGUUAUGCCAAAUUCUUUAACACACUCGAGCCUUUUUACUAGCAGUACCCCUUUCAACAAAAGGUCCCUAGAAAAUAAAUUUUCCAGUAUGAAAUUUGAAGACAACUAUGUACCUGAUAACAGUGAUCUGAAUUAUUCUUUAGAGACUUGGGAUAAUUUUUUGGGAUCCACUAUGGAUCAUCAAAAUCAACAUAAUGAAAAUAUGUUUGAUAGUUUUUCGUCGGAACCUCAAAGUUUGCUUUUCAUUGAUGGAGAAGGUGUUAACGAAACAUUUGAUAAAUUCCAAGAUGUAGAAAGUAAAAGUGCGGUUUUAUCUGACGCGAUGAACUGUCCCUUUUUAGCGAAUUUAGAUAAGAAAAAAGAAACUAGUAGCAAAAGUUGUGAUGUAUUUUCAAAUACUAGUGAUGUUUUCAAUUCUACUUAUAUUAAAGAGGGAUCUGAUGCAUUACAAGUCUAUUCGGGAGAUAUUUGGAACAAAUAUUUGGAACACCCUCCUGGUAAAAAAUUUGAUGACUUUUCUUCCGAGCCGCGAAGUUUGAUUUUCAUUGAGAGCGAAGGUGUUUACAAAACUUGUGAUAAUGUAGAUGAAGUCAAUAGUACUGUGCAUGUAGAUGAUGAUACACCACCUGGUACAUCUAAAAAUUGUAUACAAAUUCAUUCGAAUACAGUUGACCUACAACCUACUUAUAAUAAUGAAGAUGGUAUUUUGAAUUCUACAUUUACAAAAGAAGAAGUUGCUUCUAAUUUCGGUUAUUCUACAGAAAAUGACGGUUUAAAUAUUACUUAUACUAAAGAAGAUGACGUUUUAAACACUACUUAUUCUAAAGAAGAAAGUGAAGUUUUGAAAUCGGCAACUGAAGAUCUAGAUGAAGGAAGCUUCGAAAACGGUGGAGGUUGGUUCCUACAUCCGCAACCAACAAAUGAACUUAGCGGAGAAAUUCAAGUUCAGUCUCCAUGUACAGACAGUUACGUUGGAUUUGGUAUCGAUGAUGAAAUAAUGUCGGCAAUUCGAAACGAAUUACUGACCAAAUUACCGCAUGCUCAGGGAAAUCAUACUGAACGCGUUAAGGAAGAAGAUGAUUGGGAUACAUUAGAAAGACAUGAAGUAUUUUUGAGAUACAAUGUAUAUCCUUUAUCACCAAUACCAGAAGAAAGUUUAAUUGAAGACGUCUCUGGUACAAAUACACCAAGGCAGGAACGAGAAGAAGAAAUCGAUUGGUCAGGUCGUACCGACACAGAUACGGUAACCAAUGAUAACGAAACUACUUCUGCAAACACACUUGAAAGUCCUUUAAGAGGUACUUUUAAUAGGCAUACUCCCAGUCAAGAUUCCUGUUGCUCCAACGAUACUUUAUUUAAUCUAGAAGAUUUAAUAUGUGGUCCAAUUGAUCAAGAAAAGGAUGUAGAUUUCGUUAUUAAUACAAAAAGUAUUGAGGAGGCGAAGACAGAGAAACCGUUAGAUUGUGAUGAAAGAAAUGAAAACGUUGAGAAAAAUGAUGGUAAAGAGAUAAAAGAUAGUACGACAGUUUGUUCCCAACCACAAGACAUUGUUAAUAAUUUUUUGACAACUGAAAGAAAUUAUAUUGCCGGUGUUCAAUUGCCAUCUCCUGAAGAAAACCCAUGGAAACAACUUCCAGCUACACUUCUCAAUUACAACCAAUGUACCUUUAGUAAUUCUCAUUCCGUUAAAGAAGAAUCGUAUUCUGACUGUGAUAAUGUAGAAAAACAAAGGAACUGUGAUGUAGGAAAUAUCGAAUUAAAGUUGAAAGAAUCGACCGCACACGAAUAUGAUAAUAGUGAACAUAUAAAUGUCACUGUAACUAAAGAUCAACCCGAUGUUGUGGAUAUAUCUACUUUGUCGUCAGAAUCAAACAAAAUAGAUUCAAAAUUAGAAGAAAUUGAAGUUAAUGACAAAGACAAAACACUUUCUGUAAUUGAUGAAAACAUUGAUCCGUAUUAUUCGAACGACGAUGUAAAAGGAGAAACCGAAAAACCCGCCAUUGAAAAUGAGGAAAAUGAUGGACAUUUAUAUGAAAAUACCGAUGUUAAAAACAGUGAAAAUGUAGAUACGGGUAUCGAUCAAUUCGAUGAUUACGUUAAUAUCGUAAAUAUGGAAAACAGUAGAAAUCGAUUAGAAUCAGAUGUUGCCGAUAACAAAAAUCACGCUUAUAUCAAUGCUUACGAUAAAGAAGAAGACGAUAGUAUUUACGGUAUAUUGACUGAUAUACGAUUUAGCGGACCAGGUGACAGUCAAAUGAUGUCAACAUCUUUCAGUGAAAAUAACGAUGAACAAGGUUGGGAAAGUGGAUCCGAUUCACGAUCGAGUUCCAGUGGCGAAUUUAUUUGGAGGGAAGGGGAACAUGAAGAGUAUCUGAAGGCACUAAGGGCAGCACCACAAGAUGUGGUGGAAACUGUCACACAAAUGGAAGGAACAGUUGAAGAUAAUUAUGAAGAAAGUGAUUUAAGCAGUAAUUUCAGCGAUGAGGAAGAGUCACCGGAAUUUGUACCAUCAGCUUGGGAUAAAUUCGCCAUGCCCAGUAAAUCGGCAAUGCGAUCACCAGAAAAAACUCCCAAAAAAAGAGAAGAAAAAAAACCGAAAGGAGUCUGGUUUAAAAAACAAAAAUAUCAUUGUAUAUACGAGUAUCCUAAAGAACCCGAAAGUCCCAUACUACAGACACCAGAGGCGUGGAAACAACCUGAAUUUAAAGUAUUUACUGACAGUCCAAUUAGUACGAAUUUGGCAGAUGAUUUCUUCAUGACUAGUUCCGAUCAGCCUUUCCAAACCCACAGUUUGAGUUCCCAAUUUUUCCCAGGAAACAGUACCUGGACGUUUGACAAUGCUACCCCGGACAGCGGAAUGGAAGAUAUAACACCAGGAAGUGUUAUAGAUUCUAACGAAUUUCCAAAUACGACGUCUUCAGUGCCAACUCUUAAACAACUAGCGUCCGAAAUAGUAAAUAGGAAGAAACUACCUUCUUUAGGUAGUAGUGAUUCUUUAGGAGGUCUCAGGCACACCAAGAAAUUAUUAAAAUUAGAUUUACCUCCAAGCCCUAGCGCUUUUUGUUCUGAUAAAAUGUUCACUAUUGAACCGACGGUGGAACCUGUUGUUAGAGAAAAACCUACUUUUACGACUUUUGGUAAAAGUAGGUUUAUGGUUCAACACGUCGAAACACCUCCGGAUGCCUCUCUUAUUAAAAACGUUUCUUUCGAGGCUCUACCUUACAAACCAAUGAGUCCGAUUUUAGACGAUAGCUCUUUAACAAGUUGUAAAAUAGAGGCUGUGCCUAAUAAACAAUUUAAUGUUGUGGACGAUCUUUCUCGGUCGGACACCGACUUGAUAGAAAGAAAUUUCGCUAAGAAUGAAUAUGACGAUAAGUGUAAAUUAAAAGUUGAAGUAGUGAGAGGAGAGGCUAGUGUAUUAGAUAGCGGGGAUGAAGAUAGUGGGAUAGAGUCUACUAGUACUUUAGAAAGAAAAAUUUGUAAUCCGUAAUUAUAGAUGUAUAUCAGAAGAAAAAAAAAGGUUUCCUUAAGCGAAAUUAGCAGAUAGGAAUGAUCUGCUACUAAUAGAUGAGUUGAGAUACAAUGAUAAAUAUUUCAGAAAGUGAAUAAGAUAUUUGUAAUUUACCCGAACACGCUUUACGCAUCAAAUUUACUUUGAAACUUGAUACACAAAUUAUCAUCUUUAGAAUCCAAAGGUGAUCUAAAAUUCCACUUAUUUUAGUGCUCAAAACUAAAUUUUUUUAAUAUAUUCAAAGUUAACUUGAAAUAUUGGUCUUUAUUUGAACUUUUCUUGUUUUUUUUUAUAUUUUCAAAUAUGUUCAUUUUUUUCAAUAAUACAUUAUCUGGAUUGUGA